AUGGUGAAGUACUUUUCUGUGGACUGGCUGGCUCGGAGCCACCAUGACAACCCGUUGGAGGACAAAGAGAGUGUACCCGCUUGCAGGCCGCACAUCCCGUGCAUGGUGCAGCCCAGCCCGCCUGCGUACGGCAAGACUUGCGUGCAGCCCAAACCAAAAUCAUUUAAACCUACGGAGACCUCACCUUCGCUUUCAACAGGCAGCGCAUCACCAAUUUCAGAAACAUGCGGCUACUCCUCUGGCUACGAUAGUGAAGCGGCUUCCUCGGAGUGUCUUUCCGUGGAUGAGACCAGUGAAGCGGAGAAAGAGUGCUCCCAGUUGCGAAGGGUGCGCACUAAAUUCACCCCCGAGCAGAUCAGCAGACUGGUGAAGAUAUUCGACAAGCACAAGUACUUGGAUGCUGGCGAGAGGGUGAAGACUGCACGCAAAUUGGGCCUCACUGAAACUCAGGUGAGGACAUGGUUCCAGAACCGGAGAAUGAAGCUCAAAAGGGAAGUGCAGGACCUCGCUCCCCAAGUGCAACCAGUCAUGUUCCAACAUCUCCACCCUAUUCAAUACCAAGCCAUGGGUGGACCGCAAACUCACAACCCCCCAGCCCCCGGCGCAGGCUUUUACCCGGUUCCUAUGCCGCAGAUGCACCCUCACCAUGUUUUGAUCCACAACCCGCAUUUCUACUGA